CCUCCGAUAGCUAAAAGGAGUAGAAAAAGAAUGUACGUCUGAGAGUUAUUCAAGGAUUUAGGAAACAAAGGACCACUAUUGAAACAGGAUAUCUGAGCUUUCAGGAUCAAGCAUUAGGAGUAGAGAAAAGGUAUGCUAAUAGGUAGAUAAGACUGGAUAAAUAUCAGAAGGGGAUAGAAGGGAUUUGGAAAUAAUUAUGAGUUUUAGAAGGAAAAAUAAACAUAGUUUGGUCUCAUAUGAUAAAAGCAAUUCAUUAGCAGCAAUAUAAACUCAGUAGCUGUUUCUAAAACACCAGUUGCUAAACAAAAGCAAAAUUCUUCAGAGGCAUCAUUAGGUUUGAUCAAAAUACCAAAAUCAAAGGGUCCGAAAAUAAUAAAAAUCUCUAAAUAAACCUGCUCUUUCAUUCUCUUCCUUCUUUCACGCUCACAAAUCAGAGAAGGAUAGCUCUAUAAUCACCCAAACAAAUAAGACACAGAGUUUCGAGCAGAAACAGGAUGACUCUAAACUAGAAGCUCCUCAAGCUCCAGAUAGCAUCCAAAAGAACUACCAAAAAAUAAUCGGCCAUAUUAGAAGAGGUAAAUCCACCGUUGCAGAGACCACAACCAUAGAUAGCGAGCAGAGACCGGCUAGAAGCCUAAAAUUCCUGAAGAAGAAAACUGCCAAGCCAUUUAAGGCUAUCAGCGGGGAUAUAGCAAUGUUGAGACAAAAUUGGUUCGAUGUUGAGUGUCAUUCGUGUUUAUAAACAGAAAAGUCAGGCAACCAUUCAGAAUGGCAUGAAAGCAUAACAUCUGUGAAGACUGUGUAAUACAAUUGGAUACAAUUAGAGGGCUCCAAGAGGUAGAACUUGGAGAAAAUGAAUAUAAGUGAGCUGAAUGUGGUGUGAAGACUAAAUCUAAAUAAACUUGAACCUAUUGUUAUCAAGAAGAAAGCUGAUGACUUGUUGAAAGUUAGUGUUAAUACGCAGCAGAAUAAUGAAGAAGAGAAUAUUAGGGAUUCGGUGACUAAUCCAGAGAUACUUUCGCAAAGAGGUGUAUCUGAUAUGAAAAGUCCUGAUUUUAUUCCUAACAGUCAAAGAAUUCAGGGAUCUCUUCUCAAAAAAGAUACUCUAAUUGAUAUUAAAGGUACAGAUAACCCUACGAAGACUAAUUCAUCUGAAAUUCUCAAGACAGAAGAGGAAGACUGUAAGGCUCAUAAAGAAAAGUUAAAGCUAUUUUGAUUUAACUGAGGAAAGCCUUUGUGAGUAAUGUGAACUCAUUAUGAGACAUCUCACGAGGGACAUACUAUCAAACCAAUCCCUAUUGCAAUUAAGCUUGGUGUGAACGAGCGGAAGAAAUUAGUUGAAGAAGGAAAGCAAGUGUGAGAGAUCCUACAGAACUCUAUUAGCCAAUUCCAACAGCUCCAAGAAUCAAUGACAAGGCAAAAGUUACUGUAUAUUAAGAAACUUGAUGUUGAAUUUGCAUUGAUUCAGAAAAUAAUUGAGCUGCGAAAGCAAGCAAUGAAAGAGAAAAUUGAAGAGUCCUUUGAUUUCGUGUACAAGGAAAACAAACGUAAGAUUGAUGGGUUCACAUCAGCAAGAGAAAGAAUCAAACAUUUAUCAAACUUUAAAGGGUUCAAAGACAGAGAUGUCCUUCGAAUCUCUCAGAGGUUAGAUUCUCUUUACAAUUUCUUAUCCUCAGUUGAUCUAAGCUAUACUGAUGAUGAAGAUCUUACAGAGAGUAUGUUUACAGAAAACCCUCAUAAUAUAAUCUCUGAAGUAUUGGCUAAAUUUGACUUUGCUCCAGUGAAAGCUAUGGACAUUGACAGAUGUAGAAGAUGUUUCGAGAACUCCAAGAUUUUAAAUGAUGAUCUGUUCAACCCUCAGUUUGUCUCAAUUCUUCCCAAAAUUGAUUCUGCAAAACUAUGCUAUAGAUAUUCUAAGAACGGGAGCGGUACAGAGCAGUUCCAUUUCAACUGAAGUAACAAAGGGCCGACGAUACUCCUUGUGAAAGCGAACGAUAACUACAUUUUUGGAGGAUACAACCCUCUGUCUUGGAUCAAAGAGAAUGUGUACCUGAAUACAACAGGUUCAUUUUUGUUCUCUCUGACUGAUGGGAAAGGACGAGGAGUGAUCAAAUUCCCUGUGAAAAGAAACCGAUCAUCUUGUGCUAUUAAGUGCAGUGAAUUACUUUGGAGCCCAGGCUUUGGUGAAGAAGGAUUUUGAGAUUUAUUCAUAAACUUCAAAAAGAUCAAAAGUUCAUACAGCAAACUUGGGAAUGUGUAUGAAUGUCCGAAUACUUAUGAAGACCCUGACACUCUUCUAGCAGGGAGGAAGAGUAACUGGUUUAUUCAGGAAAUUGAAAUUUACAGUCUCAACCUUGUAGAAGACACCUUUGAAACAUAGUAUCUUUUCAAUCCUCAAA